AUGUUAAUAAAUUACAUCGACCAUCUAGAUGAAGCCCUUAUUCGCCCGGGUUGUGUGGACAAAACAAUUUUGUUCAAACGCGCUGACAAGAAGAUCGUUACUCAACUUUUCUGUACCAUCUUUAAACAGACGCCUACUGGAUAUGAGCAACCAACAAAAGAAACCGACGAUUUGGCAAUCGAAAGACUAGCUGAAGAGUUUGCCGCUCGUGUCCCAGAGGAAGAGUUUAGUCCAGCCAAGAUUCUAUCAUUCCUUUUGGAGCAUAAACACUCGCCUGCAGAUGCUGUGGAUCGUGUUCAGGAAUGGGUGACCAAACAAAAAGAAGGAAAGGAAGCCACGUCCAUGUUACAGUUAGAGAGGGAAAACUCGUGGCUUAAAGAUGACUGA